AUGUUAGUUAAUGUUAAGAAGACAAAAGCAAUGAGCAAAAUGGUUGUUAAGAUUUGUGGACUGCAGAGUGUUGAAGCUGCUCAAGUAGCUAUCGAUAAUGGUGCUGAUUUAUUAGGUGUCAUAUGUGUACCUAACAGAAAGAGAACAGUUGAUGCUGAAGUUGCUAAAUCUAUUUCUAAUCUUUGCCGUAGUAAGAAUGUCAAAUUAGUCGGUGUAUUUAGAAACCAAUCAAAGGAAGACGUUGCAAAGAUUGCUCAAGAUUACAAUUUGAACGUUGUUCAGCUACACGGUGAUGAAGACUGGAAAGAAUAUGAUUCGUUUAUUCCAUUACCGAUUAUUAAAAGAUUAGUUUUCCCUCGAGACGUCGAAAUUUUAUCACAGUUACAAAAUACAGAUUGUCAACCACUAUUUGAUUCUGAAGCCGGUGGUACUGGUGAGAAAUUAGAUUGGCAAUCUAUUGGCAAAUGGUAUUCUGAUGCUAACUUGUCUAAUGGUUACAUACUGGCAGGCGGAUUGAACCCUGAUAAUGUUAGAGAUGCAUUAAAAAUCCCAGGCGUCAUUGGUGUCGAUGUCAGCGGUGGUGUUGAGAGUGAUGGUAUGAAGGAUAAUGAAAAGAUUAAAACGUUUCUAUUUAACGCUCAUUCAUUGUAA